AUGUCCUCAUCUGCUGUAGACCCAAAUGCCGAUACGCUAUUUCACCAUACGGAGCCCAGUGUCACAAUCCAGCCUCCGGGAGUAAAGGGAAUCCAGUUGACCAUAUACUUUUGUCCUUCAUCGCUGAGUUUACGUGGUCACCCCCUCCUGUAUGACGUUCAUGCUUCUGGUGAUGACCGUCAGUCUUGGCGUGGUGACGGUCAUGUAGCCGUCACGACAGCGCAUAUUGGUGUGAAGCUGAGCGUGGCUGACUAUCGCCACGUGGCUAUCGAGCUAUGUCGACACAUUCGAAGACUAGUCACUCAGCAGCUCGAGGUUGAUAUGGGUGAUGAGGCCAACUGUGACAACCCGCAGAACUUUGAGGACCGGCUUACUGGCGAAGCACGCAGGCAGAACAAGGUCGAGUACGUUUGGGGUUUACAGGCCACGAUCGCGCCCCAUGUGGCCAGAUCGGCUUGGCAGCCCUGCGAAUGCCCCCUCAGGAGCGACAAAGACUGGAGUAAUGUUGAUUCUUCCUAUUCCGCGAAUACCUGGACGAGUGGAGGAGGACGAGCUUCCGAGCACCAAUUCGAACAUGUGAGGACCCCCGGGGCUCGGAGCCACCGCCAAGAUGCAUCCGAGCCAGCACUACUGGCGAGGCCGGGCAAGUGCUCCUGUGUCGGACUGUUGAUAUCGCUGGAGGAAUGCUUCUUCGCAACUCUCAGCAACCAAUCCUAUGUCCCUUUAGAAGACCCCUUUCGGUCUCUCCAUAGAGCGUAUGGUUGCAGUGGCUUCGGAGUCAUGGAUCGCUUUAGAAAGCCGGGUACAAUACAUAGUAGUUCACCAGCAUUUGACGAGACCUUAGGCUGCGCCGCCAAGUGUGCGGCAACGGAAGAUAUCUUGACAAGGAUAGAGGUGCACUGA